UUGCCGAACGCCGAUGUCUCGCGAGAACUCCUGACGUCACAGGAUAAUGGCUGAAGAUCGCGGAUAUUAGAAGCUCUGACAUUGGAUUUUCACCAGCAGCGAUGGCUCACGUCACCAACCACGGGAAGCUGCUCCUGCAGCGCCUCCACCAGCAGCGGGAGAUGGACUUCUUGUGCGACGUCACCAUAAUGGUGAGAGACGUGGAGUUCAGGGCCCACCGCAACAUCCUGGCCGCGUUCAGCCGGUACUUCUCCGCGCAGGCCGAGAAGGGCCAGGAGGUCACGACCUUGGACCCCGACAAGGUCAGCCGCUACGCUCUGGAGAAGCUCCUGGAGUUCAUCUACACCGGACAGAUGAACCUCAGCAGCACCAGACAAGCGGCGGUGCGUCGAGCGGCCGUGUUCCUGGGAAUGUCCGAGGCCACGAAGUUCCUGGAGGAAACCUCCCACUGGUCCGAGCUGAGCGAGACGUCCCAGUCGGACGCGGAUAAAGAAGCCGGUCUGUCUCCUCCCAGUCCCGCCUCACGCGGCAGCGCCAGCUCUCCCGUCCCCUUGUCCAUCAUCUCCAUCACGGGGGACUACCUCACGGACGCCGGCGCUGGCGACAACAUGGCCGACGAGCCCAAAGACGGAGACGGAGAUGGGGAAGAGGGAGAGAAAAGUGAUGGAGAGUACACCCCCGCGACGCCAAAGGGCAUCGGGAGAGGACAGGGAAGGAAGAGAGGAAGACCUCCGAAGAGUUUGAGCGGCGAUCAGGUGGAGCCGAGCAGCUCGGUCGAAGGCCCCCCCAAAACCCUGGGCUACAGAGGGAGGGGGAGGGGGAGAGGCAGAGGCAGGGGGUAGGAGGAGUAGGAAGGGAGGGGGGCGAGAGGGGGGUUCAAAAGUGAAGAUCUGACUCUGGAAGAUUCGGACGGGAGCGUGAAGGAUUUAGGGGACACCUCCGAGGACUGGAGCCCCUCUCUGGAGGACGAGUCUCCGUCCAAGAAACCCCGGCCGAGCGGCGGGGAGGGACGGCGGGGGCGAGGGAGGGGGAGAGGGAGAGGACGAGGCCGGGGGCGGGGGCGGAGGAUAAAGGAGGAGGAGGUGGAGGAGGAGGAGGACGAGGAGAGCGGCGGCGCGGGGACGGACGACGGCGAGCCGGAGGGGGCGGAGCCCGGGGAACAGGACCCGUCGGAAAUGGACGAGAUGUCUCUGUCCUGCACCGAGUGCAACAAGCUGUUCAAAGACGUGAGCAGCCUGCGGAGACACGAGAAGAUCCACAAGGGCCUGAAGCCCUUCGUCUGCAUCUUCUGCUCCAAGAACUUCAGACAGGCCACCCAGCUGAAAACACACCUGCGCAUCCACACAGGCGAGAAGCCGUUUAAUUGCUCCAGCUGUGACAAGUGUUUUGCCCAAAAGUGUCAGCUGGUCGCUCACCGCCGGAUGCACCACGGCGAGGAGAAGCCGUACACCUGCGAGCGCUGCGGAUUCAAGUUCGCCACCUCGUCCAACUACAAAAUACACAUCAGGCUGCACAGUGGCGAAAAGCCGUACGUCUGUGACACUGUGGUCAGGCGGUUCGCUCAGUCGAGCACGUUGACCUAUCACAAGCGACGACACACCGGAGAGAAACCGUACCAGUGUGACCUGUGCGGCAUGUCCUUUUGUUCUUCUUCUCUCAUCGCCACGCACGAAAACACACAGGUGAGACACCGUACAAAUGUUCACAGCCACAAUGUGACGCAAGCUUUGUGACGUCUUCCGAACUGAAGAAACACAUGAGGCGCCUCCACCCAGAGGGGAACAACGGUGUCCAGUGUCUGCUGUGUGGGAAACAGGUUUGCCAGCGUGAAAAGACAUGUCAAACACAGGAGAAGGCUCACGCGCUGAAGUGAGCAACACAAGGAGAGAGCCAGAGCAGUAGUCCUCCUGGCUUCCAGCCAUCCUGUGGCCUUCGUCCAGAGCAAACUCUCCCAGGAAACCAAAGGCAUGGCUUCCAUCCCAGAAGACGAGCCGUCCAACCCCGAACCGACCACCCCGACCCCGAAGGCAUCCGCUCCGUCUGCAGCCGCCGCCACGGACGACGCCGCCGCCGCUGCAACCACCGCCGCCGCCGCCAACAUGCAGGACUUCAAGGCGGAGCCGGCCAACCCCACCAUGACCUACGAACCCGACCAGGAGCAGACCAUCAACUCGGACACGCUCCACGCUCUGGUGGAGCAGCUGAGGCCGCAGCCCUCUGCCCCCCCGAGCCUGGAGCAGAUCGUCAUCAUCAGGACGGUGGACAACGCUCCGCAGCAGUGAGGCCGCCUGCAGCCACGAACGGCGGCGGCCAUUUUUAACACGCAAGCCACGGUCAGCACUGUUCAAAGUCAGCGUGUCUAUACGCAGAAUGUAGACUUUUACAGACGUUUGGUCAUCUGUAAGUGAAAGAUAAUUCUGUUAUAUUUACAAUUUGGGUCUUAACGUUGUAUUAACCACGUUAACAGCUGAGAUCAGGGAAUCCAAAGUUAGUCCAACUUAUUUUGGAGGAGAAAACAAAGGUGAAAGGUAGAAUUAUCACCCAAAUUGUCUGUUAUAAACAUCCGUCAUUGAGUCCACUUCGACCUACCACACUCACCGUAGUUGUGUGCGCACAGGGGCGAUUAUUCCCGACACUAAUUUCAGAUGAAGUGGUUGAGAUCAGCGGUUCCCAAAGUGGGGGCCGAGGACCCCCCAGCAAAAAGGGGCAUCGUUUAUUUUCACUUUAAUUACAUCCAUAAGGAUCACAAUGACAGAAUAUAUGACUAUUUUGGUCAUGGGUUUCAUACACUUUCUGUAAUAAAACAUCUAAAAGCAAAAAUCGUAUCAAAUGGGGGUCCGUGGUCUAAUUUGUGUCAGUUUAGGGGUCCUUGAUGUGAAUAAGUUUGGGAAUCAUCGGUUUAGAUCAUCUGGAUAAACUAACUUAUCAACUUACGGCGUUUUCACAUUACAUGCCCGCGUCACUCGGCCGCGGUAGGGACGAUUCUCUCCGACCAAUCAGCAGUCUGCAGGUGUUUUUCACGUCACCUUUUGGUAUCGCCUCAGCUCGCUUGCAACUUCAACAGAGGCGGGACUUAAAAAGGUACCAGGGAGUUUUUUUUUUGUAAUGGAAAACCAAAAUCGGGUGGAGUCGAGGUACCGUGCUGUGGAAAAAACAACCCAUUUGUUUACAACCCGUCGGACCGCCGGUGUUUCUGACCUUGUCAAAACUUAACUUAAUGGAUGUUUCUAUUACUUUGAGUUAGUAUAAUGUUAUUGUUCAUAGAAAUUAUGGUGAAAAGAACAAAAAUAAAACUUGACUUGUAAAAAAAACAAAACAAUGAAAAC